CCAUCGAUAUGAACUGUGCCCCGCUGUUCACAGAUUUAGCAAUCAUUGUUCCCCUUCUCCUCUUCUUCUCCUCCUCCUCCUCUUCGUGGAGAGAGAAAGAGAGAGAUAUGAAGGGCGUCUCAUCGGCGCCGGGAGAUUACGUCUACUUCAAAUCACAAGUACCCCUUCACAAGAUCUCCGUGUCUUUGCAUUUAUAUUAUCACGAUGCUAUUAUGCAGAUUGGGGCUAAACAAUGGAGAUACUAUGAUUUUGGUCCAAAGACGGUCCCGCCGCUCAUUUGCAUUCCUGGAAUUGCAGGAACAGCUGAUGUCUAUUACAAGCAGAUAAUGUCUCUCUCUAUGAAGGGUUAUCGGGUGAUCUCUAUUGAUAUUCCUCGUGUUUGGAAUCAUCAAGAAUGGAUUCAUGCAUUUGAGAAAUUCUUGGAUUCAAUGAACGUUCAUCAUGUACACAUCUAUGGCACGUCUCUUGGAGGAUUCUUGGCACAAAUAUUUGCUCAACACCGUCCGAGGCGGGUGAAGUCACUGGUCCUAUCAAACACUUUUCUAGAGACGCACAAGUUUGCAGCUGCCAUGCCAUGGUCUCCAAUUGUUAAUUGGACCCCUUCUUUUUUGCUGAAGCGUUACAUCUUGACAGGAAUCCGUGAUGGUCCACAUGAACCAUUCAUAGCCGAUUCUGUGGACUUUGUUGUUGGUCAGGUGUGUGUUAAUAUUUUUACGGCAGCGGCUAAACAUAUAGUUGAGACGUUGGGAAGAGAGGACCUUUCUUCAAGAUUAACUUUGAAUGUGAAUGUUGCAUCAGUUGGUCCGCUCUUACUCUCGGAUUCUUUCAUCACCAUUAUGGAUACGAUCGAUUAUUGUGCUGUCCCUCAGCAAUUGAAAGACCAAGUUAGCGAAAGAUAUCCUGGGGCAAGGCGAGCGGUCUUGAAGACCGGUGGUGACUUCCCUUUUCUUUCACGGCCUGAUGAGGUUAAUCUUUACCUUCAGCUUCAUUUGAGAAGAGUAGGAGUUGAAGCAAAGCCGGAAUUAGUAAAAGGCUUCUCGGGAGACGGUAAUGCAGGAAGUUCAAUGGGUGAGAACAACGGGCGAGACCACUUUGAUAAUUCAGGAAAAGACCAUGAAGACCCUGGAGCUCAAGAAGGCGGCAGUGAUCUGACCGAAUCAUUUAACUCCGAAACGCAUGGUUUGCAUCAACAAGUGCUCGCGAAGUUGCUUCUCAACGUGUUUUAUAACCUCAACUUUUCAAUGCACGUAUCUUGUGCUUCCCUGAUUCUGCAAUACUAUGCUCUGUCCUUGUAUAUUACGUCAAAACAGGUGUAAAAUGUUUGAGGCCUUGUAGAUUAUUCUUUUCUCUUUUUCUUCCUUGCUUUUCAUUUUCUUUGUGAAGCUGUGUACAAAUACUAGAACUGUGCUUAUCCAAAUGACCUUUUGUGUUUUAGCUGUCGCGGAGCCGUUGAUUGUAUUUCGGUAAAGCUGGUUUGGAGUGAAAAUUUUUGUACAAGGUGCCAACAGGCUCCAAAAACAGGGAUUACUUAAAUUUAUUCCGACUAUAUUCUCUUUAA